AUGUUGACAAAGAAAAGAAAGCUUCUAGAGUUUGAAACCAUGGCAUUAACUGAGGAAAGUAAUUCAAGAGUUCAGAGCAAAUUGAAUGAUCCAAGGAGUUUUACUUUACCAAUUUCAAUUGGAAAUUCAUGUUCAAUUAAUGAAUUAUGUGACAUUGGUGCUAGUAUUAAUCUAACAUCGUAUUCUGUUUACAGGGAAUUGAGACUAGGUGAAGUCAACUCAACAUCAAUAACGCUACAACUAGCUGAUAGAACAAUCACAAGGCCACGUGGCAAAGUUGAGGAUGUACUCGUAAAAGUGGGAAAUUUCAUAUUUCCUGUGGAUUUCAUUGUAUUGGACAUACUAGAAGAUCAAGAUAGUCCAGUUAUAUUGGGUCGGCCAUUCUUAGCAACGGGACGAACCCUUAUUAAUAUUGAGAAGAGAGAACUAAUCUUGAGGGUGGAGGACAAAAUUGAUGAAGAAGAGCCACCUGAUCAACGAAACUGCCAGAACAGAAAACUAAAUUUUGGGGAAUUUCUUGGUAGAGAUGGAAAUGGAAAAAUAAAAAUUUGGAGAGCAUACCCGGUCUGUGGUAGUGAUACAUUCCAUUAUCAAGGAAAUCCAGUUUUGAGGUUGAUCUAG